GGCCGAUCGCCGCCGCCGUCAACCGCCCAAUCAUAGUUCUCUUCCACACCAUAAAAACACGCCCGCACCACACCACACCAUACCACAGUUUUCUACACAUUAAUUUCCUCAAGCUUUAAUUUCUUCUUUCCCUCACCACACAGAAGCAUUUAAAAUAAUAAAAAAAAAAUUCAAAUUCAAUUUGGGGGUAUUUCUCAAAAUGUCAAUCGUAUUCUCCACCGCUGCAAAACCCUACCUCAUUCAAGAAGAAGAACAGUGGAAGAUUCAGUGCUUUUGAUCUUUUCUUUCGAUCGGGAUGUCUGCAGGUGUGAUAAGUGAUGCGAUGUUGACGACAAACCUGAGUUCAACGUCGGGGCAAAACGACGUCGUUUUGGCGAAAUGCGACUGCUGCGGCCUUACAGAAGAGUGCACGCCGUCGUAUAUCCAGGCAAUUCGCGAGAGGCAUGGAGGGAGAUGGAUUUGCGGGCUUUGUGCGGAGGCUGUGAAGGAUGACGUCAUCAGGCGGCUGAUAAGCCCGGACGAGGCAGUGCUCCGCCAUCGGAGCUUCUGCACCAACUUCCAGGCCUCGGCGCCGCCGCUCGAUCCGGCGGCGCAUUUGAUCCGGGCCAUGAGUCAGGUCCUGAGGAGGAGUUUGGUGGGGCCCUCCGAUCGGUGCCGGAUAGCCCGCCGGGCCGAGGAGGCUUGAGCUGAGUUGACUCGGUCGGAGAAUUAUGUUAUUCCGAGUUUGACCCUGGCCAAUGCCUCCAUGAAGGCAUAAUUCGAGGGGCAAAAUGGAGAUAUGAAAUGUCGUGUGAUUGGCUGGCCUGCUAUGUUCUAAUUAUUGUUUACCUAUGAUAUUGUCCGAACUGAGUUUAGAUUUGUUUUUGAA